CGACGCCCCUGCAACGCCGGACGCCGGUUUGUUGACCACUAACACCAUGUCUGGGGCAAGACAGGGACUAUAUCGGUUUUGCAACACUUCCGGAACAAGUACACAGGAAAUCAGUGAAGAGAGGAUUCGAGUUUACAUUGAUGGUGCUGGGUGAAUCUGGACUGGGAAAGUCGACGUUGAUAAACAGUUUGUUUCUCGGGGAUCUGUACAAGGACAGAAAAAUACCAGAUGCUGGAGAGAGAGUAGAGAAGACGACAACGAUCGAGAAAAAGACAAUGGAUAUAGAGGAGAGGGGAGUGCGAUUACGUUUGACAAUUGUGGACACUCCAGGUUUUGGUGAUCCUGUAAACUGCGAAGAUACAUGGAAAGCAUGUUCUGCAUACAUUGAUGAGCAGUUUAGACAAUACUUUACAGACGAAAGUGGCUUGAAUCGAAAAAACAUCCAAGACAACAGAGUUCACUGUUGCCUCUAUUUCAUCCCUCCAUAUGGCCAUGGAUUGCGCCAGUUGGACUUAGAAGUAUUGAGACGUCUCCACAGAAAAGUUAAUGUCGUUCCAGUAAUUGCAAAGGCUGAUACACUCACUACAAAUGAAGUGAAAAAAUUAAAAGAACGAAUUCUGGCAGAUAUUGAGGAACACGAGAUUCAGAUUUAUCAAUUCCCUGAUUGCGAUAGCGAUGAGGACGAAGACUUCAAGCAACAGGACAAGGAACUCAAGGCCACGGUACCUUUUGCUGUUGUGGGUAGUUCCACAGUUCUUGAAGUCGCUGGGCGAAAAGUCAGAGGAAGGCAGUAUCCCUGGGGAGUUGUUGAAGUCGAAAAUCCCAAACACAGUGAUUUUGUCAAGCUGAGGACAAUGCUGAUAUCGACUCACAUGCAGGACCUUAAAGACGUGACUCAAGACGUUCAUUACGAGAAUUUCAGGGCCCAGUGCAUCUCACAGAUAUCUCAGCAAGCCAUCAGGGAAAGGAGUAAACUGAAGAGAGACUCCGGGCCGCAUUUCGAGAACAGUAUAUCCGAUACCGAUCGACUUCUGCUGCAGAAGGAUGAAGAGAUCCGAAGGAUGCAAGAUAUUCUCGCACAAAUGCAAGAAAAGCUGAAAGCGACUGGUCAGGUGUGUGGAGGUGGUCUCAGGGGCAGAGUUGGAAGUCUUGGCAAUGAUCUGGACUCCGUGGAGAUCGACAAAAAACGCAACAGUAUUAUCGAUGUGUAGGAAGAGAGAAAAUCAGAGUGAAAAUUGAGAACAAAUGGAUAUUGCACCAAAUGUCUGAAUGCUGUUUAAUCGGCUGAAUUUAGAACUCCCAUUCUUCAUUUUCUGCCGAUGUUUUUUCAAUGGAGCAGAAAUAUCCCCAAUAUGAAGUUGAAGAUUUAAAUAAGUAAUUUUUCAAUCAUAAAUGUUCGAAAGGAUAUUAUGAGUCCUAAAAUAACGACGUCUAAAGAUAUUGUUGCGGAUAUCGUAAAAACCAAAGAAUAAAAAGAAAUGAAGACAGAUUUCACAGAAAUCAACAGACAGAUUUGUUGAUGUUUGGUUCUGUUGUUACUCGUCUAUAUUACAUUAUGCCACAACAUGUAUGAAAAAAUCGUAUAGAAAUUUUCCAUACGGACUGCGUAUAGAAUUUAUAUAGGAUUUUCGUGUAUGAUAUUCGGUUAUUUCUACACAGAUAUUUUUUAUACAAAUUAUUUCUAUAGGAUUUCUAUAGGUUUGAUCUUAUA